AUGCUCCCUCCUAACGCUACCAACUAUGUUUCAUCACUUCUCUCAGAGGCUCAUGAACUCUCACAGCCAUUACUUGAUGGACUUUCAACCUCUCCUCUCACUAUACCCGUGUCAUUGGCGUCUGCACUAGGCCUCGGCUACUUGGCAAACAGGAUUCUAGUCAGCAGGGCUCUGAAUCAUGGCACCAAAGCAUACUUCGAUUGGAAUAAGGAGAUUGUGUUGGUAACUGGUGGAUCAGGCGGCAUUGGAGGCGAGACUGUGCAGCAGUUGGCCAGCAAGGGUAUUCGUGUGGUUGUUCUUGAUGUACUUGCUCUAACUUACAAGGCUCCAUCGAACGUUUACUAUUAUAAAUGUGACCUUACGAAUUACGAGCAACUACAAGAGGUGGCUGGGAGAAUUAGGCGUGAGGUUGGCGACCCUACAAUAGUUGUAGCGAAUGCUGGUGUCUGUCGUGGAAAGCCUCUAUUGAAAGCUACCAAACGGGAUGUUGACCUUACAAUUGGAGUCAACACUCUAGGUCUCAUUUGGACCAUCAAGACCUUUCUCCCAGCAAUGGUAUCCCGCAACCACGGCCAUCUUCUCAUCGUCGCCUCACAAACAGGAUACUUGGCCACCGUAGGCAUCACCGACUACGCAGCCAGCAAAUCAGCAGCCAUUGCUAUUUACGAAGGGUUACAUACCGAGAUCAAGCACGUGCACAAAGCUACCGCGGUCCGACUUUCGUGUGUCUCACCGAGCCAUGUACAAACCCAGAUGUUUACGGGUGUCAAGUCUGUUCCCGGUAUGUCGACUAUGACGACCGAGUAUCUGGCGGAUAAGAUCUGUGGUAUUCUCAUGAGUGGAAGGGGUCAGAACAUUAUUGUUCCGGCUGCAGCUGCAAUGUCACCUUGGGUUCGUGUGUUGCCGGGUUGGGUCCGUGUUCUCCUGCAAGAUGCGGCAGCUCCGGCGUUUACCGACUUGAAGCCUCAUGAUCCUUUUAAAGAAGCCAAGUAG